CUCCUCAAUAAAUUACACAAGUUACAAUAAAAAUCCAAUAUUUAUUUUAUUAUUAUUUGUGGGUAGGACAAACGAACAAAUGACCCAAAUUACAAAAAUCACGGCAUGAGAAGUAUACAAACAUCUGGCGGUGUAUAACUAUAGUUUGCGCGUCAUAUUCUUUCUUCUGCUUCAGAUAGAUAGAGAGAGAAAAAUUUAAAGAAAAGAAAGCCAAAAAAAAAAAAAUGACGAAGCCCUGUUUCUAAUCUGAGUUUCCAACCAGUUGGGCUUUCAUUUCUUUGGUUUGUUUCGAAAAUGGCAAAGUCUGGAGUCUUGGAAACUGACCCGUCAAUGGUGGGUUCGAAGGCUCUAGAAUUGAAGAAGGAGUUGCAGAGACUGGUGAGAGCCAUUGUAGAUGACGAUGACUACGCAGUAGAAGACGAGGCUGUGAAGGUUCUGAGUUCUUUGAAGGAGUUGAAGUUAAAAAAGACUCAAUCUUUUAAAUUUGAUGAUAAUAAUAGUAAUCCUGAAGUUCCUGAAGAAUUUAAAUGUCCCAUCUCCAAAGAGCUCAUGAAAGACCCUGUUGUCUUGGCCACUGGACUGACUUAUGAUCGGCCAUUAAUCGAGCGGUGGUUGAACGAAGGCCUCCAGACAUGUCCGCAAACUCAGCAAGUCCUGCCUCAUACCGUCCUUACCCCCAAUCACUUGGUUCGAGAAAUGAUUUCUCAAUGGUGCACUGAGCAUGGACAUGAGCUUCCAAAAGGGACUCGAGAUAUGGAUGAGAAAGUGGUCAGAAAAGCCGAUGGAGCCUAUCUGAAUUCUCUCCUUGAGAAGAUGUGUUUAUCCCUACCUGAUCAGAAAGAAGCGGCAAAAGAGCUUCGAGUGGCAACAAAGCGGAGUCCAUCAUUUCGGGAGCUUUUUGGCGAGUCCAAUGAAGCCAUUUCCAAAGUGCUGAAUCCACUUUCACCAGACCAGGCCGACACUCAUCCUGAUCUGCAAGAAGAUCUGAUCACAACACUUCUAAACCUCUCUAUAUGUGAGAAAAACAAGAGAUUAGUCGGGGAGAAUCCACUAGCAAUCACCUUGCUCGUUGAAUCCUUAAAAUCCGGAACCCCACAAACGAGAAGCAAUGCUGCUGCAGCAAUCUUCACACUGUCAGACCUUAAUUCCAACAAGCUUGUUAUUGGAAACGGCGGAGCUAUUAGACCCUUGAUCGACCUUUUAGACGAGGGCAAUCCACAAGCAAUGAGGGAUGCUGCUUCUGCAAUAUUCAACCUUUGUAUUGUCCUUGAGAAUAAACGGAGGGCCGUCCAAGAAGGGGCGGUCCCGGUGAUUGUGAAGAAGAUCAAGGACCAUGUAAUGGUUGCUGAAUUACUGGCUAUUCUUGCCUUGCUUUCUGUCCAUCAGAAGGCUGUCGACGAAAUGGAUGAGCUUAACGUAGUGCCUUUGUUGCUUAGCUUUAUAAGAGAGAGUUCUUGUGAGAACAGUAAGGAAAAUUGCAUUGCCAUCCUCUACACAACCUGUUACAAUGACCGGGUCAGACUAAGGGAAAUAAAAGCAGAGGAAGCGAAAAAUGGCUCGAUUUCGAGGCUCGCACGAACAGGGACUUCAAGGGCCAGAAGGAAGGCUAAUGGCUUUCUUGAGAGGCUAAACAGAUCUGCCUUGAUAACUCACACUGCUUGACCUGUAAUCUGUAUCAUCCUUUGUGAAUAUUCAUGUCACCGCUCACUCUUAGUCCAAUCCUACACAAAACAUGGUACUUGAAGCUAAACAUCAAAGAUGGUUUGUGUGUCAUUAGACAAAAUACUUGUGGUGAUUAGCAUUUACCUUUUACUGUAUAGACCAUCUCCAGCCCCAUAACUGUAAAAAGAGUGUCACAUAUUUUAAACAUUUACUUUCAUUCAUUCUGCACAAAGUUUUGGCC